AUGACCACGCUCCGUUUGUGGGACCACCUGCGGGCCGGCAGCUCCGAGCUGGACUGGUGCGAAGACAACUACACCAUCGUGCCCAGCAUCGCCGAGUUCUACAACACGGUGCGUAUCUCGAACUCAAGACCUGAGCCCGGAGAGGAGGAGGAGGAGGAGGAGGGUGCAUUUGGAAGCCGGGGGGGGAUUGGGAAGUACGUGCAAAUGCACGGUGGGGCUGAAUACAUGAUGUUCACACGGCUCGGCUCUUUCCCUUCCCUGCCGCUCAAUUACUGAUUUCUCAACAAAUGGUUAUUUUUUUUUAAACAAAUGCCACCGCGUCGUGGAAAUGCCAAAUGAGGUUCUGGGCGCAAUCAGACUUGCAAUAGGAUCCUGGAGACCUUCAAGUCGGGCUCCGAUUUCUGCUUUGGCACCGACUCGCGUGCAAGGCGCUGCAUAUCAGUUCUCAGCCUUGGUCAAAUUGGGAAAAGGACUAUUUUGCAAAUCGGGAAGAGGAUACCCAGUGUUGUAUUUUAAAACUGCAGCUACUGGCGAAUAGCUGUGUAUAUAUUUUUUUAUCGAAGAGAGAGCCUAUCUCGGUAAACAAACAGUUUCUUAAAGUAAAACCGACCAUAGUGUAUUCUAAGUGGUUGUUUAUUAUCCUGGUGGUCUUAUUUUCAGAAAGUGAGGGGCCUUAAAAUACCACAAACUAUCUUUUUAUUAUCUGAAUAGCUUGCAGAUAUGGAACUCGGGAUCAGAUCGUUUUCCUGGGAGCUUUUUUCUUUUGUUUUUCCUGGCAGAAAUGCUUGUAAAAUCAGAGAAUCCCCCAUAGAGCUGGAAAAAGUCUGCUGUCCUUUGAAUCCCCUUUGAGAGGAGCUGGGAUCAUGGACUGUCAUUUUUUCAGGCUGUUCAGAUUGGAGGAUAAAGCUUAAAUUGCAUGCAGUGGAUUAAUGGAGCAAAGCAGAAUUUUCCAUCUGUUAUCAUCUUAAGCUUUAACAUUGCUUUAGAAAAGGUAGAUCUGGAUCUCUGGCUGAUUUGCAGAUCAGCAGGCUUUCCUAACAACUAAAACGCUACAAUCUGGGCAUCUGAUAGUUAGGAAACUUGAAGGGAAAUUCUGGUACUGAACUGAGAGCAAAAUUUCUGGCCUGAUCAGGAGUUCACAAGCUUGAAGUCUGCCUUUCCCAGCUUUAGAAAAACAGCUUUUUCUCAAGGAAUUAAGACUGCUUUCAGGGCUGAUUUACAUAUUAACAAAUUCUUCCAUGCAAUCAGCUCUGUGUAGGAAUAAUGCUAUCUUGCAUGUAGGUUUUCACACAUAGUUGUCCAAAAAAUUUUUUAGUUUUCACAACAUUAUAAACAAACAAACAAACAAACAAACAAACACACAAGACAAACAUAAAUCAUAGCCUUAUUGAAAAUUACAGUUAUUAACUUUGUUAAAUGACUUCCUCACUUCCCUUUGGUUGAAUUUCAUUGCAUGUCCUUUUAACAGUUUUCCAAAUCCCAAUUUUUAUAAAAUUUAACUUAAGCAUUAACAUCCUUAGAUCUUCACCUUAUGGAAUUAAACAUAUCAAUUCAUCACUUAAUAUAAAUAAAAUCCUUAGCCCAUUGGGUAUCUGCAAGCUAUUUUCAGUUUAACUUAACAAAUUUAACUAAAUAAUCAUUAAAUUUAAUCCAUUCUUCCUGAUACUCCUCCUCCUUCUGGUCGCGGACUCUUCCGGUUAGGUCAGCUAGCUCCGAAAAAUCCAUCAUCUUCAUCUGCCAUUCUUCUAUUGUUGGUAAUUCUUGGGUUUUCCACUUUUUAGCUAACAAAAUACGAGCAGCAGUUGUGGCAUACAAAAAUAAUUCAACAUCUUUCUUGGGCAAUUCCAAACCUGUUAUUCCAAGAAGAAAGGCCUCUGGUUUCUUUAUAAAUGUAUAUUUCAACAUUUUUUUCCAUUCAUUAUAAAUCUUUUCCCAGAAGUCUUUCAUCUUGGGACAGGUCCACCACAUAUGAUAAAAGGUUCCUUCCUUUUCUUUACAUUUCCAACACAUAUUGUCACAAUUAUGAUAUAUCUUUGCUAAUUUUAAAAUAAAAAUAAAAAUAGGUUUUCACACAUAGAGGACUGUGCAUUCAUGCAAAAAUGUGGCCUGGAUGCACAUGGUGUUGCAUGCUGGUAACACAUUAAUUUAAUCUGCUAAUAAGUCCGCCCUCCCCCACAAAAAAACUAGCUUGCAAACUAACUAGCCUUCUGACUGCACACGCCUAUGUUAAGUCAAUAGCGUGUUUAAACAGCCCGAAAGAAUAAGAAUAAUCUUUCUUCCAUCUCCAAAAGGUUCCCUGCUUUUCUGGUCAGGAGGGAUUCUUUUAAGUUAUUCACCUGGUUUUCUGUGUCAAUUUAUAAGCCAGCACUUAAUUCCUACCUCCACAAUAUUGUAGCAAUGUGUGGAGCGGCCCCUCAUCCCAUGGGACAAUUGUUGCGUACUUUCCUGCGUUUCUUCGUUUGCUGAUUUGAAAACACAAGUCGUGUUUUUCCACUGCAAGAUCUUUAAUGCUGUUGGUGACCCAGAAUAAAACAGUAUCAAACAAAAAUCCACAUUUGAACGUAACUCCCCAACCUGCGUACGAAUGUGCGCACACAGACGCAGGAUAGAGGUAGCAACAACAAAACAGGCAACAAAUGUGAGGGAAGAAAUUGUGCUAUUAUUUUCCUUCCACCUGACUUCAAAACACGAGGCCACCUGGAAAAGGCCAGUGCGUUUAUUUUCUUAGGAUCCUGUUGUUAGGAGCAUGUUGACACUUCAGCGCUUUAAAGAUUGCUCCUUGCAGUCCGAAACUGUGUCUUUAGCAUAUGUGCCUCCAGGGUGCAAAGAUCCGCCCAGCGCCCCCAAAUUUAGUUUAGCCCCCAAAUUAAUACCACCACACUUAUAAGCAGUUGGUUCCUUACCUUUCCUGCCCUGAUCUGGCCAUAGUGAUCCAUGUGACGGUCACCUCCAGGCUUGACUACUGUAAUUCGCUCUACGUGGGGCUGCCCUUGAAGCUCUCCCAGAAACUCCAGCGGGUGCAGAAUGCUGCAGCGAGGCUCCUCAUGGGGUCUCUGCCAUGGGAGCAUAUUCACCCAGUGCUUUUCAAGCUGCACUGGCUCCCGGUGGAGUACAGGGUCAGAUUUAAGGUGCUGGUUUUGACCUUUAAAGCCCUUCACGGCCUAGGACCCUCGUACCUAUGGGACUGCCUCUCCUGGUAUGCCCCACGGAGGACCUUAAGGUCCAUAUAUAGCAACACCCUAGAGGUCCUGGGCCCUAAGGAAGUUAGAUUAGCCUCAACCAGAGUCAGGGCCUUCUCAACACUGGCUCCGGCCUGGCCCUCUGUCUCAUGAGACCAGGGCCCUGCGGGAUCUGAUCUCUUUCCGCAGGGCCUGUAAGACAGAGUUGUUUCACCUGGCCUUUGGCUCAGAAUCAGUUUGAUUCCCUCUCCCUUUUUCUUUUUCCUUUCUCCUCCUAUGAUGAGAUUGCUCCCUAAUUGUUUUAAUGUUGUAUCUUAAUCUUUUAAAUUGUAUUUUAAUCAACUUGUUUUUAUUAUUGGUUGUUAGCCACCCUGAGCCUGGUCUUGGCUGGGGAGGGCGGGGUAUAAAUAAAUUUUUAUUAUUAUUAUUAUUAUUAUUAUUAUUUGGGCACCUACUUAGGAGAAACAUCAGUCAUGUCAAAGGUGCCUCUGAUCCCGCUGCCUCAUAGUGGCUCAAUAUAAUACGUAACAUAAUAUUUUGAUGUAAGAGUUAAUUUCGUGUGCACAGCGCCGUUGAGAAUGACAAGCGAUGGUGUGGCGCGUCUUUGGUAAAUGAGCGCACAAAGUCGAAAGUCCUUUAGUGAAACAGUAGGUAUACAUUUCGGUAAUACUUAGGUAUAUAUGUAUUUUGUUUUUCUAGCUUGAUCAAAAUUAUUAUUUCAUAACAGGUAGAUGGUUAAGAGCUUAGGUGGCUUCAGCAGCGGGCACAUGGUGCUCCCCCCCCCCAAGAAUUCGCCGCCCGGGUGCCCUGCACCCCUUGCACCCCCGGGGGAAGACGGCCCUGCCUGUGACAUUUUGGUCAUUGGCCUGAGCAACAGCUUAACUACACCACUGUAUAUGAGUUGUCGUCUGAAUGUCAGGCUGCUGUUGGUGUCAACUUUACUGCCUGAUUGACCGAGUGAAUUGGGGAUGAGCCUCAUCAUUGCCCCAAGUCUGAACUAGGAAGCAAGUUUUCGUUCCCCGAAGACAGCUUGCAUAAACCCGGGCCGCGCUGCAUCUUAAAGCGAAUAGCAAGGAGGAAUGGUGCUGUUGGCCAUUGAUGGGCCAACAGAGUUGUCACCCUCGUCUCACCUUUGUUUAUUAUUUUAUUUAUUGAGAUUUACCGUAUUUUUCGCACCAUAGGGCGCACCGGACCAUAGGGCGCACCUAGUUAUGGGAGGCGGAAAACAAGAAAAAAUUAUUCUGAACCCCAGAAGCCAGAACAGCAAGAGGGAUCUGGCUUCUGGGAUACCGUGCGGCUGUUCUGGCUUCUGGGGUAACUGCGCCAAGCCUCCUCAGGGCAGCGGGAUGAAGGCUCCCCCUGCCCAAAGAGGCUGCGCAGGGCUAAAGCAGAAGCCAGGACAGACGCAUCGCUGAAGGGGCACUGCGCCUUCUCUCUCUGUGCAGCGCCCCUCCUUCACAGAAGAGGCGCUGCGCAGAGAGGGAGAGGGCGCAGCGCCCCUUCAGCGAAGCUGGAGAAGGAACAGAAGAAGACCCUUCUGUUCCUCCUCUGGCUUCGCGUGAUAGGCGCGUUGCUCAUGGGGCGCUGCGCCUUCUCUCUCUCUGCGCAGCGCCUCUCCUUCACAGGAGAGGUGCUGCGCAGAGAGGGAGAAGGCGCAGCGCCCUUCAGCGAAGCUGGAGAAGGAACAGAAGAAGACCCUUCUGUUCCUCCUCCGGCUUCCAGGACAGGCGCGUCGCUGCCAAGCGGGAGGAGGAACAGGAGACCCUUCUGUUCCUCCUCUGGCUUCGUUUGUUAGGCGCGUUGCUCAAGGGGGCGCUGCGCCUUCUCUCUCUGCGCAGCGCCUCCUCAUGAAGUUGAGGCGCUGCGCAGAGAGAGAGAAGGCGCAGCACCCCUUCAGCGAAGCUGGAGAAGGAACAGAAGGAGACCCUUCUGUUCCUCCUCGGGCUUCGCUGGACAGGCGUGUCGCUGCGAAGCGGGAGGAGGAACAGGAGGAGUCCCUUCUGUUCCUCCUCCGGCUUCGCAUGACAGGCGCGUCGCUCAAGGGGCGCUACGCCUUCUCUCUCUCUGCGCAGCGCCUCUCCUUCACAGGAGAGGUGCUGCGCAGAGAGGGAGAAGGCGCAGUGCCUCCUCCGGCUUCCAGGACAGGCGCGUCGCUGAGAAGCCAAGGAACCUGCAUUCGCUCCAUAGGACGCACACACAUUUCCCCUUCAUUUUUGGAGGGGAAAAAGUGCGUCCUAUAGAGCGAAAAAUACGGUAUAUAACACCCGCCAUCGUAAGAUCUCAUAAGAUGGAAACAUGAAAAUAAGUAAAACAGCAAAACAAUAACCCCCCUUCCCACAGACACAUUUGAAAGCCUUGCAAAAAGGUUUACAAAAUAAUAUAAAAUCCAUGUAUGAGAGUUCCCCAGAAUAAGCCACGUGUGAUAAUGCUCUGCAACACAUUAAUUCUUUCUGCAAUUCCUUAGAGUGUAAUCUACAUACCUGCUGAGCAUGUUUUAUAAGCGCAAGGGGGCUUAUUCGGAGCAAAUGAUUUAUACAUGCCCCUCACUUCACACCCAUGUGUGCACUCGAGAAGAGUGAUCCACCAUUGCUCCCAUUUUACAGAUGGACUACCGAGGCCGAGUGACUGAUCUGAGAUGCAGGACUGAUUCUUCUUACCUGCACCUUAUCUUCACGUUUGCACAGGUGAUGGGUUAGGAUACCGGUUGAAGUCGUCAAGAGUUUGCGCCCAAUAGGUUCUUCUCAUCACUUAUGAGCCACAGGAAGUGACUGCAUUUCCGGCUAGACACCCUGAGGUUGUGUGCCCUAAUUCUGUCACCGGGGUUUUUGAAAAGCAGGCAAUCCACAAGUGAAGGAUUAGUUUACCUGAAUUUCAGGUGUGUCUAAGACCUGUAAUACAUGAUCUAAUAAUUUUCAUUCCAAUCCACUUCAUCACCCACCACAGACAUAAUAAUCCAGUAAUGUCCCCAAGCAGGUUUAUUAUUAAUUAAUUAAUUAAUUAAUCAAUCAAUCAAUCCGCCCAUGGGCUCAGCAAGAUGCUCUGAUGAGGACAUACUUUGAACGUCAAGGUUUAUUUAUUUAUUAAAUUUGUAUACCUCCCUUAUACCUGUAGAUCUCAGGGCCAUUCACAACAUAAAAUCGCAAUAUAAAAAACAAACAGAAAAUACAUAAUAGAAACAAAAGACAAACCAAGAAUCCCCCUUUUCAAAACACUUUUUCAAAGGGCUUCAGAUGACAAUCAGUCCAAGGCCUGGUUGAAGAGGAACCUUUUUUGCCUGGCACCUAAAGAUGUAGAAUGAAUGAUUCUCCCUGGGGGAGAGCGUUCCACAUUUCAAUUUGGGGUGGGAGGCGAAAUAUCAUUAUCAAUUUUUUUAUUUGCAUACCGUCUUUCUACCUUACAAUACUCAAGGCGGUUUACAAGCUGAAGAUCUAGCAAUCUAAUGCAAUACAAAAAUGUGAUAAUAAAACAAAACUUUAAAAUAAGCAACCUACAUCAAAAAGUAACAUUCAACAAUUAUUAGAGUAGUAUAAAAUGAUAAUAUCAACAUAUAAAAGGAAAAGGUUGAUAUUUCCCUUCCCCCCCAAAAAAUUCUAGUGACAGCUACUUUUAGAAAAUAAAGUCAAUAUUGGGAGAUCUCUCCCAAAUGAUUGGAUCUCUCAGGCCCACCUCCGCCAUGGAUGCCCUUAUGAUUUUAAGAGGAGAGAAAAAGUUACCUCUUUCCUCACGGCCGUUUGCUGGUUGCAAUUAAGGAGCUGAAGUGAAUAUAAAGUAGGAGUGCUUUUCCCUCCCCCAUGCAGCCCAAAUUAAGGAUUAUAUCUUGUGCUUUGAAACUUGAAAAGCAACUCAAAAGGAUUUGCUCUUCUCAAGCAACUGCCUUGUACCGAAAGUAGUGGGGUUUAAUCUUUACAAAAUAGGCUGCUUAGUGCUUUCCGUUCCAUCUGCAAGGCUGUUUCUAAAGUCAAAUGGAACAGGGUGGAAAAAUGUGUCUCUCUCUUCCUCCUUCCUUUCCCUCAACGUCCCUGCUCCAUGCCCAGUGUUUCUGAAAUUUUCCCUGAAUGGAAGAAAAGUACUCUGUCAGUGAAGGCCUCCCAUUGUGUGCUAGCGCUGGGCGAUACCUGGUUUUCAACAUGGCGAUAGAUCAACAUGGCGAUAGAUCACCGACGAAACAUCGCAAUAUACCGAUAUAUCACGAUGUCUGAAAUAAGGAUGGAGCUAUGUACAGUGGUCCCUUGGUUCUUAAACAAUCCGUUCCAGAAGUCUGUUGCAAAACCAAGCGUGCUUUCCCAUAGAAAGUAAUGCAAAACGGAUCAAUCCAUUACAGACUUUUAAAAACAACCUUUUAACAUCAAUUUUACUAUCUAACAAGACCAUUGAUCCAUAAAAUGAAAACAAUAAUAAAUGUACUGUACUAUAAAAUAAAUAAGACAGUAUUGUAGAUGAUUAAAAUUAAAAUUAUUAUUUUUUCCUACCUGCACUGAUGAUAGUCAUUGUUUGGAUGGGGGGCUUUUAUCCAUUUCCGCAGUCGCACAAUCAAUCAGUCAGCAGCUCAACUGGGUUCCACACAGUCACAAAAAUAAAUCAACCGAAAAAGCCACAAAAACGCAAAAAAGCAAAAACGAAAGCAGCAAACAUAAUCCAUUCCGGAAGUCUGAUAUAUUGCCAGGUCAAAGAUUAGGAAAUCAUUAUCACAAUAUGGACUUCAAAUCGAUUUGGGAUGAUAUAUUGACAUAUUGCCUACCUUCGUCUGUCCACUGGGCUCUGCUGAAUCUGUUGAUGAAGACAGCCUUAUGCUGUUUCUGAACACUCCCAGUGUUUGCAAGAUACAAUGGAACCUCGGUUUUCAAACGUAAUCAAUUCCGGAAGAUGGUUCAACUUCCAAAAUGUUUAAAAAACUGAAAGCGAAAGCCUCAGUUCAAUAAAGGUACCCCUGCCCAUACGGGCCAGUCGUGACCGACUCUAGGGUUGCGCGCUCAUCUCGCUCAAGAGGCCGGGAGCCGUCGCCGUCCGAAGACACUUCCGGGUCACGUUGCCAGUAUGACGAAGCUGCAACUGGUGAGCCAGCACCAGUGCCGCACACGGAAACGCCGUUUACCUUCCCACUAUAAAGCGGUACCUAUUUAUCUACUUGUACUUAAGGGUGCUUUCGAACUGCUAGGUGGGCAGGAGCUGGGACCGAAAGAUGGGAGCUCACCCCCACGUCCCUCUCAGUUCAAUAGGGUAACUCAAAAUGGAAGCCGCGCCAGACGUUCAGGUUCUGAAAAACGUUUGAAAACCGGAACAUUUACUUCUGGGUUUUCAGCAUUCGGGAGCCGAAACGUUUGAAAACGGAGCCAUUCAAGAACCGAGGUUUGACUGUGCAAAGCUCCUUGCAUAUCAACAAUACUGUGUCUGGGAGAAACCUGCUCUUAGCUAUCUCUCUGUUUCACUGCAGGGCUGGUUUUCUACUUGCAGGGCAUUCAGGGAGAUAUUCCACUUAGCAUUUGCCCCCCUUCUUGUUCGGUUUAUUCUGCCCCCUCAAAACUUUUGCUCCCCUUUGCUGCGUCCAUCAGAGAGCUGGUUCAGGGAGCUCUUAGCUCCUCUUCUGUUGGUCUCCUGGAAUCGCAGAGCAUAGAAUCAUAGGAUCGCAGAAUUGGAAAGGGACCCGAGGGUCAUCUAGUCCAAUCCCACCAUAUCAGCGGGAGCAUCCAUGACAGACGGCCAUCCAACCUCUGCUUAAAAGCCCCCAAGGAAGGAGAGUCCACCAUCUCCCUAGAGAGACAGCUCUUACUAUCAGAACGUUCUUCCUGAUAUCUAGUUGGAAAUCUCCUUUCUUGUUGACCUCUUGAUGUGUCCCAAACAACAAGGAAGGGGUGUAGUGGGGGUUCUCCACCCACUCCCUCCUCCAACACAACAAGGCUGCCCCAAAAUGAAGAAGCUAAAGCCAACCGAUUGUUCUGUCGUAGAGUUUGAACUAUGGCUGGCUCUCCCAUGAGGCAAAGUGAGGCAAUGGUGCCACGGUCCGAGGCAAAGUCCCAGCUGAGGACUUCGGGACCGGGGGCAAGAUGGCGGGGUGGGAGCAGGAACGGGGGUCCAGAAGUCAGGAAGCCAAGAGUCCGAGGGUCAGAGAGCCGGGAGUCAAGAAGCCAAGGGUCUGAGGGUCAGGAAGCAAGGAGUCACGAAGUCAGGGGUCCGAGGAUCAAGAAGCAAGGAGUCACGAAGUCAGGGGUCCGAGGAUCAAGAAGCAAGGAGUCAAGGAGCCAAACAGCAAGGCAGGGAACGUGUUGCUGUGGCAAAGAGCCGAAGGAAAAUGCUGACCUUAUAUCCCUUCCUGGCUCUUGCCACCAGAUGCAGCGAGUUACCAAUCGGCCUCACCUGUGUGGCCGCGCCUUGCCUCCUCAGAACAAACUUAGGAAGGCCCCAGUCCUGCGAAGUCCUACCGGUCACAGGCCUGGCUUCUGCAUGCACUCCACUCAGGCGGCAGGAUCCACAGGGACGGCAGAUCUGUCUUCCAGCAGCAUUGUCCGUUGCCGCUGUGGUGACAGUGACAGGGUGCUCCUUGCCACCUCUAUAGCAGCUUCUUGGCCAAUAGGAGGCACGGCUGGUCUCCUGUCACCCUUGUCCCCAUUGUAGAUCUUUAUUCCUCUCCUGGCAGGGUGGGCGGCACUGUUUUGUGGCUCGCCUCAGGUGACAAAAUUCCUUGAGCCACGGGAGGAGCCGUGUUGCCAUGUGUUUUGCCAGGCCAAAGUGCUGGCUCGGACCAGAACUUCCCACGAGUUGGAGCCAAGUGACUUCUGCUCAAUUUAUUCUUCCUUGCACGUGCAAGUCUUUCAAUGCUCUCGGCCAAAAGAAGAAGAAGAAGAAGAAGAAGAAAGGGCACGGAGACCGAGUUGCAAGUGUUUCAUAGCGCUUUCUUUCUUCUGGCUCAAAAUCGGGGGAUGCCCGCAACCAUUUGGCCUCUUUCAUGGCCACCACUCCUGGUUUUAUGGUUGCAGCCUUGGCAGUGGUCUUCCAGGGAUCAUACCUGUUAGUCUCCACCAUUUUCAUAUUGUGUCAACAUGAGGGUGAUGUCUUCUGCAGGCAGUUGAGAGCACUGCAUGUCCUAGAAAGAGUUGACUCAGGCAAAGCGAUGGUCUAAGUCGUGCAUGGCAUGAGGUCUGUCUACACCAUGGGUAGGCAAACUAAGGCCAGAUCCGGCCCAAUCGCCUUCUAAAUCUGGCCCGUGGACGGUCCAGGAAUCAGUGUGUUUUUACAUGAGUAGAAUGUGUGCUUUUAUUUAUGUAUGCUAUUUAUUUAUUAUUAAUCUCUGGGUUAUUUGUGGGGCAUAGGAAUUCAUUAUUCCCUCCCAACAAAUAUAGUCCGGCCCCUCACAAGGUCUGAGGGACAGUGGACCAGCCCCCUGCUGAAAAAGUUGGCUGACCCCUGGUCUACACUUCUAUCUCAAUUUGUGUGUCAGGGCAGGGAUGGAGUCUUGGUGGGGGGGGGGAGAGGUUGUUUUUAUUUCUGCCUCCUCUUAUCCAGAUAUUUGCCUGGGAAAGUGCUAAGCUUACUCCGUUGUGCAAGAUCACUCUCCCUCCCCUAACGUUUUUUGUUUCGGUUUUGUAAAAUACCACUUUAUUUAAUCAUUCCUUUCUGCUUAUUUAAUUUUUUUUCCCGUUUCCCCCCUUAGAUAAGCAACAUCUUAUUUUUUGUUUUGCCACCCAUAUGUAUGUGCUUAUUCCGACAAUAUGCAACCUGCUUCAACAGCGGAAUAUAUUUAAUAUGGACCCUCCUUGUGGUGGUUGGUAAGUCCUUCUGUGUCUGUCCUAUGUGACCUGAAAUUCUGAGAAAUUAUAUUUAUUUAUUUAUUAUUUGAAAACAAGGUGCACCGGGGUGGGGGUGGACAACAAAUAAGGUGCUUGGAGAAUGUGCCCGAAUUCAGAAGUACAGUACACUCCCAAAAUAAAAUAUUGGAAGUUGGGUGCCAUUUUGAGCCUCUCAGUUUCCCUUGCUAUGUAUUAAAUAAGGUAGUUUUCCAUUAUUACGAACAUUGUGGGAUACGUCAUGGUGCUUCCAGUUGGAUUCUUAUGCUGGGAUGGCUUCUCCUCAAGCCGACAAGUUUUAUCCACCCUUCAUUUAAUCUGGAUUUAGCCUUUCUGGCAGAAAUCCAAUAAGUAUAAAGAAGUCUGUUGCCAAUGACCCAUUUCUGCUAAUAUGCAGAUUAAGUCCCUGUCUGUAAGCAUUGAGGUUGGUUUCGGUUCUGGUCUUAAUGGUCUCGAGAGGAAGGGCAGUGCGUAUUAUUUUACUUACCUCAAAGAGUAGUAGGCCAGCCCUGUUUGCUCAGUCAGGCCCUAAACUACUCAUCAGCUGAUUUCCUUUUUGCACCUUCAUAUAUAUAGAUAUCUAUUUUAACACAUCCUCACAGUUUCUCAAUUAAGUUCUGCAAUGAGAUAACUGACUGGGCAAACAAAACCCCUCCCCACUGAAGUCUCCCACAAAUACUUUGCUCUAAAGUUAAUUUUGAAGCUUUUGGGAGUGGGUUUCGAUCUUCAAAAUCUAGCUCUUCGCCGUGUGCUUGGUUGCUUGCUUGCAUUCAAUUUUCAGACACUUGUCUGUGCAAAGCCGCCUGGCUGUUGUUGAAUCUUGCCGAGAAGAGAAGAGGAAAGUUUGAACUGUGCUGUAAUGACCUCUUGAUUCUGAAUGUGUCCCCCCUCCAGGAAUUGGAUCUGUCUACUUCCACGCCACGCUCAGUUUCCUGGGUCAAAUGCUUGACGAACUCGCUAUACUCUGGGUUUUGAUGUGUGCUCUGGCUCUGUGGUUUCCCAGAAGAUAUCUUCCCAAAAUGUUCAGGAACGACAGGUAAUGUCUCUUAAGCGCUGGUGUGCUGGUCCCGAGGGUUAACCGUGUGGCGAGGUCUGAGUCCAGUCCGAGGUUGAGGGUGUGGUAUGGAGGCUGUCCAUCAAAGCUGAAGCUGGGUCCAAGGCAGGGAGUCGGGCGAGGUCAGGAACUCUGGCAGAAGAGCAGGACAGGGUGCGGGCAGGAACAGGCUACCAACAAUGUUGCUCCCGCAACUUGGGACUGGGGCUGGCCGGCUUUUAUAUGCCCUGAGGCAUAGGGCGGCCCCGAUCUUCUGGUGACUCGCCUCUCCUGGCCUGGAGGUGAGCACUCUUCCUGGGGGAACUUCGUUCCCUCCGCCUCUCUGCCCUGAGCCUCUGCAGCUCAGGAGAGGCUGGAGGGUUACCGGACCCAGAGGCAACCUCAGCUUCCUCUGACGGGGCUGAAAGUGGAGCACCUACAGGCAAUGGGUCCUCCAUCACCUCAGGAGCCAGAGCAGACUCAGCUGGUGCCUGCACCUGAGGAUCCAGCACAGGUGAGGACCCUUCAGGCUCAUGCCCCAGCCCCGGCUCAGCUGGUUCUGGAGGCGGGAACUCCUGUGCAGGCUGGGAUUCCUCAGGUUCAGCCUCUGAGUCCGAAUCCCAGGCCAUCACAGCUGGCCUUUAAAGAGUGGGCUGCAUUAAUAGCACCGUGCCCUUCUCCUCAGAAGAGGGCAGGAGAGAACCAGAAAGGGCUGUAACCCAGGGAUUCUGACAUCACCUUUAAAUUUGCCAUCUGCCAAGGCUAUAAUAAAAACUAGGUUGUGGGAUAUUGAAAGCCAAGAACUAACAGUAGCAGCAGAGAAAACAUGUUCCCCUCUUUAUUUUCAACUUUCUUGGGCACAUGAAACUAACACAAUUACCUUGAAUUUCUGCUUAACCCUCAAGAAAGGAGGGCAUUUUCGCUGGCCAGGUUUAAUUCAAAUCCAUCAAACCUCCUUUGGGGAAGGUUCUCAGGCAGGGUGGAAGGAGAAAGAACUUGCCCAUGUGAAGACCACCUGGUGGAAACCCUUACACACAUGGUUCUUAAUUGUAAACUAUAUGCUGAUCUCCGCCAGCAAUUUCUAGAUCAUCUCUGUAUCCCCAAAUGGAAACCAGAGUCAGAGGUCAUACAUUUUCUAUUACUGGGGAAUGAUCAGGAGCUCACCAAGUUAGUGGCUAAAUAUCUCCAUUUGGUUUUUUGUCGUCGAAAUACACUGCAGACGUCUGAUCUCCCUGGAGACCAAGAGAUGUGACCAUAGACUGUUCUGCCUCCUUUCUUUUAGUAAACGUUUUGUGCCACUGGGGAAGUGGAAAUUCUGUAUUGAUUUGUUUUGGAAGUUUGUAUGUGAUGCCAAUAAAAGGUUUAAUUAUGCUGACUCUUUUUAAAAAUAAUAAUCCAGGGGCCGAUUUAAGGCAGCAGUAGGCAUCCUCUCUGGGGUCACCACCUGCCUUGCCUUCAUUAAGCCUGCCAUCAAUAACAUCUCGCUGAUGACGUUGGGUCUUCCCUGCAGUGCCUUGCUCGUCGCAGAGCUGAAAAGGUGGGUGUCUGUCGCUGUGACAAAAUAGAUCUUCUGUUUGGAUGCUUGCUUACCGUUUGGAGUGAACACCUUCAGGGUGUGUGCAGGGCCGGAUUUAGAUUUGAUGAGGCCCUCAGCUCCUGAAGGUAAUGGGGCCCUUUCUAUGUCCAGCUGUCCUUUGUCCACAACAAAUUGGCGCUGUUUUUUGUGUUGAGUAUAUGCUAUAUGGUAAUUGAUGGCCCUAAAGGUAAAGGUAAAGGGACCCCUGACCAUAAGGUCCAGUCAUGACCGACUCUGGGGUUGCUGCACUUAUCUCGCUUUAUUGGCCAAGGGAGCCGGCGAACAGCUUCCAGGUCAUGUGGCCAGCAUGACUAAGCCGCUUCUGGCGAACCAGAGCAGCGCACGGAAACGCUGUUUACCUUCCCGCAGGAGUGGUACCUAUUUAUCUACUUGCACUUUGACGUGCUUUCGAACUGCUAGGUUGGCAGGAGCUGGGACUGAACAACGGGAGCUCACCCUGUCGCGGGGAUUCGAACCGCCGACCUUCUGAUCGGCAAGCCUUAGGCUCUGUGGUUUAACCCACAGCGCCACCCGCAUCCCUAUUGGUGGCUCUAGUAGGUAUCUAAAGCCAUUUGCACAUCACAAAACUUGUAUUUUAUCAAAGUAAUUGCUGAACUCGAAUACAAUUAAGAAGAAGUAUAUUAAUAGUGAAAUGCAAUUAAGAAGAAGUAUAUUAAUAGUGAAAUAAUUAUUAAACUCUAACUUAAAAUGAUUUUUUUAUUCAUAACAAACUUAAUAAUGCAAACACAUUGGCAUUUGGCAAUAACAAAAGUUCCAUUAGAAACACAAUUUACAAAGAUUUAUCUAGUCUCUAGAAACUUGCUAUAACAUGAAAUAAUAAUAGGUGUAAAUAUAUGAUGCAAACUACUAAUAAUUAUAAAUAGCAGAAUGUAGGCACCCUAUAUAUAGAAAGGAGCAAACCAGGGAUAUUUGAGGGAGGAUAGCAGGCAGGGCCAUGACUUACAUUAUAGGAGCCUACACAACACAAAACACAGUUGCUGUAGGUAGGUUUUAUUUUAUUUGUUUUUUUCUUAUAUUUUGGAAAUGUACAUCCAGGGUUUUUUUCCUAUAAUUUUUUUGGGGGGGCCCCCAAGCGAGUGAAGCCCUAAGCUAUAGCUUGUUUAGCUUAUACGUAAAUCCGGCACUGGGCGUGUGACUUACUUGUGGGCAGAGAGGCAGAAGCACACCUGGAAUUAAGACACAAAAGAGCUUAAAUGUUCCCAUGGAAAUCCCAAGCAUCUGGACAGGAGCUGUUUUGGGUGGACGACUUGACAAGGUGAUAAAUGGUUCUGUAAAUAAACUGGGUGCAUUAUAAUAACUUCUCUCCCUUAGCGUUGCAAAACAAAAUAUCUUGUCACUUCGAAGAGGUGACAAAGGCUCCCAGUUUGAAAGCUGCCACCUGGGCCUUCAAAAGGGGCUGUGAUGCUGAGAAGAGGGAUUAUAAUUUUUAAAUAAUUUAUUAUUUAUACCCUGUCCAUCCCCCCCCCACAUUUUUUAAAAAUAACAUCUGUAACUGCCUGGCUUUUAGGUAAAGGUAAAAGGACCCCUGACCAUUAGGUCCACUUGUGACCGACUCUGGGGUUGCGGCGCUCAUCUCGCUUUAUUGGCUGAGGGAGCCGGCGUACAGUUUCCUGGUCAUGUGGCCAGCAUGACUAAGCUGCUUCUGGCAAAACCAGAGCAGUGCAUGGAAACGCCGUUUACCUUCCUGCUGGAGCGGCACCCAUUUAUCUACUUGCACUUUGAGGUGCUUUCGAACUGCUAGGUGGGCAGGAGCAGGGACCGAGCAACGGGAGCUCACCCCGUCACGGGGAUUCGAACUGCCGACCUUCUGAUCGGCAAGCCCAAGAGGCUCUGUGGCUUAACCCACAGCGCCACCCGCGUCCCAGUGCCUGGCUGUUAGUCACCAUCUGAAUGGUCUCAUUUAUUUGGAAACCAGAAAUGCCAGUGGAACUGCGCUGGGAUAAGAACCCCUCGGGCAGGUGUAACACACCCCAACUUACCGCCAAUCCUUCUUGCAACAGUGUUGUGGGGAAAGCAGGAAGACGAAAUCAAAGUACCGCUUCACACAGGAACAUGCAAUCUAUGGCAUUCGCUCCUGCCGUGCGCAAUGACGGCCAUCAGCUUGGAUGCCUCUAAAAGUGGCUUAGACUUUCUGUGUUUAGUUGUAAGGCUUAAUUUGCUUUUGGCUCGUGGCUUUUUCUGGGCCACAUGCUUGUUGUUUUUUUAAAGAGUGCUUUUAGACGAUGCCCUUGAUACUUGUUUUCAUGCCAUGACCUGCCUCGGGGCAAGGGGGGUGUAUGCAAAUGUUGCCCCCAAAUGUAGAAAGCUUAUCGCCUCUGAGUUUUGUUCAGUUCUUAAUCUUGGGUCAGAUGUCAUUCUUUUGCUGUGCUUUCAAUGAUCGCCUGGCUUGGCUUUCAGAUGCGACAAUGUGCGAGUGUACAAGCUGGGACUAUUUUCUGGCCUCUGGUGGACUUUGGCGCUUUUUUGUUGGAUCAGCGACAAAGCAUUUUGUGAGAUCUGGUCAUCAUUCAACUUCCCAUAUUUGCACUGCGUAUGGUGAGUCCAUCGUGUUCGGAUUCCAGUCCUUCCCACAAUUCCCGCCCCCCUCUCUCUGCCCUCCGUUUCCCAGUAUUACAUCUAGCCAUAUUUGUUGGAUGAAGAGACUAUAUAGAAAACUCAGACCACCCUUCACCAACAUCAGGGGUCCCCAAACUAAGGCCCACGGGCCAGAUAAGGCCUGAGGGACUCGUUUAUCUGGCCUACGGAGACCCCUGCCACCCGCGACCACCACCUGCUCUUACCAGCGCUGCGCUGCGCUUGCCCACUUCCGGGUCGGAGGAGCACUGACAAUAGCUUGUGCGCGUGCGCAAGCAUUAUUUCUGGUGCACAUCCAGGUUGGGGGAGGCCCGUGCACAUGCUCACAAGCUAUUUCCGGUGCUCCUCCGACCCAGAAGUGCGCCGGAAAUAGCGUGUGCGCAUGCGUAUGGGCAUGCGCUCCCUCGCCCUCCGGCCCACAGUGCGAUCAGCGCUGGGAACCACCAGCUUGAGGCGCGGUAAGUUUCCUGACCCCUGACCAACGUGGUACCCGCCUCCCCGAUGCCCAUCAGCCCCCCUCCCAGCCCCACACACUAGAGGGCACCAUGUUUGUUAAAGCUGGUCUGAGUUCUCAGUGUAGUCUGUGAAGGCUGAUCCAGACACUACAGGCAUUCAACUCUGUUGUUUUUACAAAAAUGUGUGUUGGGAGUGAAAAAAACGUUUUGUUGCCUUAAUACUGGAUUUACAUUUCUAAGGGAACAGCCCUGUGCUUGGGGCAAAGCGCAUCUUUUGCCUGCCUAAGGUCCCCGGUUCAGUCCCUGACACCUCCUGUUUCAGCCUCAUGAUGAUCACCAGCUGAACAUCGUGAUAUAGUGAUAUAUCACGAUGCCAAAAAGGAAGGAGUGUGAGGCACCAGGGCGAAACUGCUGCUGCUCCCGCCAGCACCUGGCAGGUGGAGGGAGGAGCCCCAGCCUCACAACAACAACAACAAUAUUAUUAUUAUUAUUAUAGUAAUUUAUUAUUUAUACCCUGUCCAUCUGUCUAGGUUUCCCCAGCCACUCUGGGCGGCUCCCAACAGAAUAUUAAAAACACGAUAAAACUUCAAACAUUAAAAGCUUCCCUAAACAGGGCUGCCUUCAGAUGUCUUCUAAAAGUCAUUUAGUUAUUUAUCUCCCUGACAUCUGGCGGGAGGGUGUUCCACAGGGCGGGCGCCACCACCGAGAAGGCCCUCUGCCUGGUUCCCUGUAACCUCGCUUCUCGCAGGGAGGGACCCGCCAGAAGGCCCUCAGAGCAGGACCUCAGUGUCCAGGCUGAACGAUGGGGGUGGAAACGCUCCUUCAGGUAUAUUGGAAUAUUGUGAAGCUCCUUGACAUCUGACGGGAGGCGAGUGCCACCACCAAGAAGGCCCUCUGCCUGGUUCCUAGUAACUUCACUUCUCGCAGUGAGGGAACUGCCAGAAGGCCCUCGGAGCUGGACCUCAGUGUCUGGGCUGAACGAUGGGGGUGGAGACACUCCUUCAGGUAUAUGGAGAUGCUCUUUCACAAGGCACUGGAGUGAAGCUUCUGCCAGCACCCAGCGCAUGGAGGAAGCACUCAGCCUGCCUGCUCAGCAGGAGAAGGAAUCAAAGGUGACGGCCUGCAGGGAAGCCCCCCCCCCCAAUAUACCGCCGGGUUAAAACCCCAUCGCAAUCUGGCCCUCAAUCCGGCCCUGGACAAUGUAUCGAUACAUCGCCCAGGCCUAAUGCACGGUUCCUUCUUUUCAGAUUUGCAAGGAAAUCAAGACAGAGCUGUUCUGCCUGGCCUUUGGUUUGGACUCAGUCUGACCCUUAUGCUGCCCUCCCUUUAUGGUUUUGAUCUAUCGGUUACUUUUAAAAUGAGGCUGCAUUUUAAAUUGCAUUUGAACCUCUAUUUUAAAUUGCCCCCCCAUUAUGUUUUUACUGUGAUUUUUUUCAAAAAAUUUUUUGACAAAUAUUUUAUCAUUAAAAUAAUUCAACAUUAGUAAAGGUAAAGGUACCCCUGCCCGUACGGGCCAGUCGUGUCCGACUCUAGGGUUGUGCGCCCAUCUCACUUAAGAGGCCGGGGGCCAGCGCUGUCCGGAGACACUUCCGGGCCACGUGGCCAGCGUGCCAAACUGCUCUGGCGAGCCAGCACCAGCGCAGCACACGGAAACGCCGUUUACCUUCCCGCUAUAAAGCGGUACCUAUUUAUCUACUUGCACUUAGGGGUGCUUUCGAACUGCUAGGUGGGCAGGAGCUGGGACCGAAAGACGGGAGCUUACCCCGCCGCGGGGAUUCAAACCGCCGACCAUGCGAUUGGCAAGCCCAAGGCGCUGAGGUUUUACCCACAGCGCCACCCGCGUCCCUUAAUUCAACAUUAAUACAUACAUAUUACAAAUAAACUCUCUUUUCCCCCUAUUAUGUAAUUACUGUGAUUUCAUUGGCGUUAGCUGCCCUGAGCUGGGGAGGGUGGGGUAUAAAUAACAUUUAUUAUGAUGAUGAUGAUGAUGAUGAUGAAUAUCAGUUGCACGCUGGUGGUGAGGAGCAAGCUGUACUCACCCUCCUCCGUUUCUGUUCUGCCCCCUCAGGCACAUCCUCAUUUGCAUUGCCGCUUACCUGGGCUGCGUGUGCUUUGCCUACUUCGAUGCCGUCUCAGAGAUCCCUGAGCAGGGCCCGGUCAUUAAGUUCUGGCCCAGCGAGAAGUGGGCGUUCAUCGGGGUCCCUUACGUCUCCCUCCUCUGCGCGCACAAGAAAUCGCCCCUGAAGAUCACAUGA